UCGCCGGCGAGCGGCGCUCAUUCCUUAGACAGGAGCGAGAGUGUGCGACACGUGUGUGUGACGUACCGGUUUCCUCUGUAUUCUCGCGAGCGAGAGGGUCGUUCGUAGUUCGGACGGAGAGACGCGCGAGUCCUCGAGUCGAGUGAUAAUACGCAGUGACAAGAGACACGAGAGAGUGCAGUCUGCAGGCGGAGAACAUGGCCGACAGUGGUAUCAAGCGCAACAUUCCCAUCAAACUCGGUGACUUCAGCGUGAUCGACACCGAGUUUUCCAACAUACGCGAGCGCUUCGACGCCGAGAUGAGGAAGAUGGAGGACGAGAUGUCGCGGUUCCGCAGCGAGCUGAUGAACCGCGAGAGCAACAACUUCUUCAAGAGCACCACCAGUACCACCACGCAACAGUCCACUCAGAACAGCAGUUCUCUGAGCCCUCAGCACGAUCAUGCCUGGCUGGACGGCCUCAACAGUCCCCUCAUCCAGGACGAGGGUGACAACAAGAUGCUGAAGCUGCGCUUCGACGUUUCGCAAUACACACCCGAGGAAAUCGUCGUCAAGACCGUGGACAACAAGCUAUUGGUCCACGCCAAACACGAGGAGAAGACGGAAAGCAAAUCAGUGUACAGGGAAUACAACCGGGAAUUCCUGUUGCCGAAGGGAACCAAUCCUGAGAGCAUCAAGUCGUCCCUGAGUAAGGACGGUGUCCUUACCGUGGAGGCGCCCUUACCGGCGAUUGGCUCGGGCGAGAAGUUAAUCCCGAUCGCACACCAGUAAACUCAGUGACGAAUUGCGGAAAGUCGAUUUCUAAUUUUCUGCCUCGAAUUCCUCCCGUUCCCACUACCAUCCGACUUAUCCAGAUUCGACCUUCUCUUCGUAAGUCCUUAUAUCCUUCUUUUACUACUACCUAUUAUAGUAACUUAAAGAAAUUGAUUAUUCACGCGAAAAAGUUUGACCAAUUUUAAUUGAAUAGCAGAAAAAAAAGCGACCGCGCCAAGUGUCUGGUGCAUGUCGCGACUUUCAUUACAUAAAGGAUAAAUCAAACGUAGAGCAAUUUCAAAGUGUUGCAAAUGUGAAAAAAGUCAGCUAAAAUGUUUGAUAAAAUAUUUUUUUUUUUUCCUUUUUCGUACGAAGCAGCUUUAUUCCUUUGAUAUACAAUAUAUUUCCGAUUCCCUUGUAGAACUAGCAUAAUUUUUUUUUCAGAAAUGUGCAUUACCUUUUGAAACAAUGUAUUUUAGUUAGACUUUUUUUGAGAAGCUGUGAGCUGUAUUGCUUACUUGUGCACUUGCGUAUCAACGAAUUGAAGCUCAUAAAUCAAUGGGAAAAUGACCGUUUGUAACGGUUAAUUUAUGUACGUGUUAGUUUAGGUGUACGUUAAAAGACUAUAACACAAUGCUUAGAAUAUAUGAUCAUUAUAUUGAUAUUAUUUAUGAAUAUUUUAAUAUUUCUGAAAUAUGCGCAAUAUACACUCGACAAAUACACAACACAAAA